CCUCCCCCCUCGGGCCCCGUGCCCCCCCUGCGCCCCAUGGAGGACGCCGACGCCAACAAGUCGGCGGCGCAGCGGCUGCGACAGCGCAUGGCCGCGGGCAGGAAGACAGCAGCAACCGGUGCGGCCGCUGCUGGGGAGGAGACGGCUGUCCCGGCUGCUGCUAGCGAGGCGGCAGCAGCAGCAAAGGCGGAGGCGCCAGCUGAGGGCAGUACAGGGGCGACAGUAGCAGCGGAGGGCGGGGAGGAGGAGGAGGGCGGUCCGCGGCAGCGGCGGAGGCGGGUGAGCGACGAGGACGUAUCCACCGCACCAGCGGCGGAGGCGGAGGAGAAGGAGGAGAAGAAGAAAGAGGAGAAGGAGAUGCAGGCUCCGGAGCCGGUUGCCGAGGCGGACGGUGUGGUGACGGAUUGGACGUUUUCGGAGCUCCAAAACAUGGCUGUACGGCCGGACGAUCUGGGUGGGGAGGCCCUAGCAGCGGAGGGCGAGGCUCCCGGUGCGGUGGAGGUGGAGGUGUCGGAGGAGGAGGCGCUGGAGGUGCUUGCGGGUCAUGUGGGUCCCGAGGAGGAGAGCGAGCUGGAGGUGGCGGCGGCUGCGGCGGAUCCCGCUGCUGCUGCUGCGGCUGCUGCGGACAUGAAGGAGCGGUUGGAGGAGCUGAUGAAGUCGCGGAGUGAUCGGUUCGAUGAGAUGUUUGUGGAUGAGGAGCGCAUCCGACUGGGGGAGGAGGGGUGGAAGGACAGGUACUACCAUGAGAAGCUGCGUGUGCCUGCGGGCCCGGGUCAGCAGCGCAUGCUGCGCUCCAUCGUGGCGGCCUACGUGGAGGGUCUGUGCUGGGUGAUGAAGUACUACUACGAGGGGGUGGCCAGCUGGAGGUGGUUCUACCCCUUCCACUACGCCCCCUUCGCCUCCGACCUGGUGGACCUGGCUGAGCUGGACAUCCGCUUCGAGCUGGGUCAGCCCUUCUCGCCCUUCAACCAACUGAUGGGGGUGCUGCCGGCGGCCUCCAUGCACUGCCUGCCCAAACCAUUCAGGAAGCUGUUCACCGACCCCGACAGCCCCAUCCUGGACUUCUACCCCACCCAGUUCGAGGUGGACAUGAACGGCAAGCGGUAUGCGUGGCAGGGUGUAGCGCUGCUCCCCUUCAUCGACGAGUCCCGCCUGCUGGCCGCCACCGGCCCGCUGCUGCCGCUGCUGGAGCCCGAGGAGGCCUUCCGCAACAGCACCCGCAGCGAGGUGAUGUACCUGCACGCGGCUCACCCGCUGGCUCCCGCUGUGUACGAGAUGGAGUCGGCGUGCGGCCACCUGGCGCCGGAAGAGCGCGGCGCCUCCGCGACCCCGCUGGACCCCGCCCUCAGUCGCGGGGUGCACGGCUUCAUGCUGCUGUGUGCGGGGGAGACGCAGCCCUCCGUGGUGCCGGUGCCUUUCCAAGGCCUGGGCUCCGACGUGCUCAACAACAGCGUGCUAUGCAUCACCUACCGCCUGCCGCCGCACCUGCCGCACCAGCCGCGCAUCAUGGAGGGCACGCAGCUGGACCCGCCCCUGCUCACGGAGGCGGACAGACCCGUGGACCAAGCCCUGUGGCACGAGCGCGGCGCAGGUCGGGGUCCGCCCCACACCCGCGACCUGAGCGCCCCCAUGGUGGGCGACCCGGCGCUGCGCAUGCUCAACUUCCAGCUAGGCUACUCGGGCCGGGGGGGGCCGCCGCCGCCCGUACCCAGGAACUUUGGCGGAGGCGGCGGAGGGGCGCCGUACGAGCACGACCCCCGGGGGGGGCCGCCGGGGCCUGCGGGGUAUCACCACCAGCAGCAUCAGUACGGCGGAGGCGGAUAUGGUGGUGGAGGAGGAGGGGGAGGGGGGCGAGGGUAUCCUGCUGCCGGGGGGCCGUACGGCGGUGGGUCGUACGAUCGGGAUGAUCGGCGGUACGGCAGUAAUGGCGAUCGUGCUGGGUACGGCAGUGGCGGCGGUCGUGGCGGGGGUUACGGCGGCGGGUAUGCGGGUGCUGGUCCUCAAGGAGGUGGGGGUUACGGAGCGCCGCCGCCUGGGGGCCGGUACUACCCGCCGGGGCCGGGAGGGGCGCCGCCGAUGCCGUACCACCAUGCGCCGCCGCCAGCGUACGGCGCCCCGCGACCCACGUCGCCGCCGCCGCCGGCUUCCUCGCAGUACGGCCCCCCCGGCGGCGGGAGAGGCGGGUACUACCCGCCUCCGCACCACCACCAGAGCCAUCACCAUGCGUCGUCGUACGGCGGAGGGUACGGCGGUCAUGCAGGAGGGUACGGCGGAGGCGCGCCGCAGCCCGCGGGUCAGAGCUUUUACGCCAGCAUAAGGCCCACUUACAGUGCCCCGCCGCCGGGUGCGGCGACUGGGUACGGCGCGCCGAUGCAGCCCGGGGUACGGCCGCCGCCGCCAGCGGGCCCGCAGCAGCCGUACGGAAACAAUCCGUACUCCGCUUUGCAGCGUCCACGUGAUCCCCGGGGAGCGGGUAGCGGGGGCGGUGGAAGGUAUUAGGGCGAUGAGUGGCGCGCUCGGGUAGACUGGUGGUGUAUGACAGUAUUGCCCUGAACCCGGCUGUUAGUGCCCUGUGGGGAUGAUCGUGAGGGAUGCGGCAGGGGGGGCGGGGGGGGGCAUGGGACUGUCAAGUGAAGGUAGGCAUGUAGACCGCCGCGUUUUGAGAAGAUGAAGAAUCGCACGCGCGCAUAAGCUUACAAGUAUCCUUUCCUUGUCGAACAUUAGCAUCAUUAAGCCGUAUGGCCGGGUUGCUGCUGGUGCGAUGUGAUCGCCUCUUGACCCCCACUCCAUCCGGGAGUGUCUCGUUAGGUAUUGCGGGCCCUGUGAAUGGAUGGAUGGAUGGAUGGAAAGAGUGCGUUUUCACCCUUUACCGAAACCGUGACGCUUUGCUGUGUGCUGUGGGGAAACAAUUGUCGUUCGGCUGUGUUGGCUUGCUUGGCCACUUUUUUGGUCUGGUUGACCGCGUUUGGUAUGACGAUAACAAAGCACAAGUCGCUGUGGCUACUUCACCUGUUUGUUUAGCGGUCCCUUGUUCGUUGUUGCGUUGUUGCCUACCGGUAGUAAGUGGUGUUACACCACAUGAGGAGAAGGACAGCCGCCACGCAUAGAGACAUGACGUUUGCGUAGUUGUAUUGUGUGUAAACGGACGCGGAUUGGACGUGUGCGCUUGACAUGGCUAAGAGCAGCCGAUGGAGCACCUUGACGAUUCACCUGCAGUAGAGGGAUGUGGUGCAGUUGAAGGAGCGCACAUUUAGGGUUGGCCUGGACUGACUGCAAUUUCGUCUGGUUUGACACGAGGCGGGCUCGUGCUGGGCCCUGGCUGAACUGAAUGUGAAAAAAUGUGAACUGGUAUGAGAGACCGGAUGGCUGGCAUGGCUGGCAUGGCGGCAUCAACUACUCACGUUCCCACGGCCUUAAGGAAGAAGCUGUGAUGUACGAUUGAUACAAUCAUGUAAGGAACUGCUUCGAAA